AUAAAAGAGAGCAACGCUUCCUCUGUUUCUAUCAAACCUCUUCAGGACUCUUUUUUUUCCGUUUCAGUUUUUCUUUUUUCAAGAAAGAGAGAAACUCUGUGUGUUUGUAUUUAUUUGGAUCUAAUUGUUAAAAAAGAUGCAAGUUGUUUCUCCUUUAUCUCCGGCGACGAGAUUCGUCGGAGAAGAGAGCUUCGCCGAGCUUUACGGCAAACUAAACGCUGACUUCAGCUCGAAACUGAAGGUCGGUUUUACAAACGAGGAAGAAGAAAAGAACAGAGAUGACAACAAGUCUUGGUGGAAUCAAGAUGAUGAUGAUGAUGAGAGAGAAGAAGGAGAAGAAGAUGAAGAGUUCUCGUUCACGAGCUUAAACGCAGAUAACUCACCGAUAACCGCAGACGAAGCCUUCGAAGACGGUCAGAUCCGACCGGUUUAUCCACUCUUUAACCGGAAUCUCCUCUUCGAACCGGAAGAGAGAGAUCUCCGCUCGCCUCUCAAGAAGCUCUUCGUGGAGAGCGAGGAAGCCGCCACCACCGAAAGGGAGGAAGAAUCUGAGCCGAUGGGACCGUACUGCUCGUGGUCAGGCAGAACCGUGGUGGAGGAAGCUUCGCCGGAGACUUGUCGGAAAAGCAGUUCGACGGGGUUCUCGAAGCUGUGGAGGUUUAAAGAUCUCGUUUCGAGAAGCAACAGCGACGGAAAAGACGCGUUUGUGUUUCUGAAUCACGGCGACAAGAAGAAGCAGUCUUCUUCUAAGCCGGCGGCUAAAUUGAGCGGCGGCGUGAAGAGAACGGAGACGAAAACGACGAGAUCGGCACAUGAGAGGUUAUACAUGAGGAACAGAGCGAUCAGAGAAGAAGGGAAACGAAGAUCGUAUCUUCCUUACAAACAUGUCGGAUUCUUCACCAAUGUCAAUGGACUUACUAGAAAUGUUCAUCCUUACUGAUUCCAACUUCUUGUGCGUUUUAAAAAAAAAAAACACAAAUUACUUAAAAUGGUUUAAUUUCUUCCCGACAAAACUUUCCCUUUGUAUAUACUUUUUGUCUUAACUUUGCCUGUAUUAUAUAACCUUCUUCUUGAAUAUAGUAAAAGUUGCUUAUUAACUUUUCAGUUCACUUGUAUCAUUUGAAUAAAUGAUUAUUUGUUUUUUUUGA